CACUAUAAUUAGUGGACAUUUAACAACUUUCUUUGGUUAUUAAUAAAUGAACAUAGUCUAGUUAUGAGCUCACCCCUUCAAGCUCUCCCCAGGGAGGUUCACCAGGAAAUUUCACAAUGACAGUACAACUAGGGCUGAGCCAAUGUCGGUUUGGUUUGAAAAAUCUUAAAACCAAAUUAAUUGAAUUUAAUAAAAAUUUAAACUGAACUGAUUAAAGUGAAAAAUCAAAUUGAAUCAAACAGAAUUGAUUUAGUUCGAUUUGAUACAGUGAUUUUCACUUGCAGAAACCAUUUUCAUUUACAACAGUCCAAUAAAAAAAUUUAAAAAUCUCAAAGAAAUCCAAUCAGAAACUUAAAAAUCUUUGUCUUCAUUGUUUGCUGUAAGACAUGAAUAUUUUUGAGAGCAGGGAUUUGAUCUAACAGUCAAAUUACUGCAAUUUUCUAUCUUAAUAUGGACUAGAUUGGUGAGGGAAGAAAACCAAAAAGUUCUAAUCUUUAUCAGAAAAUUAAUGGACAUGUUAUUUGUAACAAGCGCCCUGUCGUUUCAAAGCCUGGGGGAUUUUUCUUUUUCCAUCGAUGAGGAACAACGUUCUUCUUACCAAAGGAAUCUAUUCCCUUCUCCAAAAUUUGGAGUUGAAAAUUUCAAUCGAGAAUGGGACACAGAAGAAAAACUUACCUGGGACAACAAUAUGUUACCGAAAACCAGAUCCUUGUCGUAAAAUAUUACCAAUCUUUGCAAGGGAAGGAAAAGUUCAUCUGACGACAAGGAAACUUUUCCCUCGUCUGGAACUUCCUAGAAAAAACUAACCCUGCCUUUUUCAUGUAUGGGAGCAUAUGAGCCACGAUAUCCAGUGAUUCCAAUCAUUUUUUUUUUCUUGGUAACGCUCCAUUGCCAAUAUCUGUAAUGUGUAACUUCUGAUUAUUUCUCAGAAAAUCAAGUGCGGAUUGUAAUUCACACUAUUAACCCUGCUGCUCCUGGCACUUCCCAUGUGCCAAGCUCCUGAGCCAAUGAUCGAAAACGUUUCAGGCCUUAGCCAGUUCUCCACCACGGGUUCAUAGCUUUAAAACCCUUGGCUAAUUUGCAUGAAUGAUGAACAAAUCUUUUCUAGCUACUAAAAAUUGGGAAGGAAGAUGAAACAGAGUAGGUUCACUGUGUUCGUGAAAGAUCUCUCCACACGCUUCAAAAAUGAAGUUAGAGGAGGCAGUCUUCAUGUCACAGCUUCCAUAGUACUAUGUUUAUCAAUCGCAUCAACUAUGGUAAUUCUUGGAAUGUUCAUUAAUGAUCAUGUCAAAAAAUAUUUGGCCUUAUCAGAAAAUCCAUACUCAUAUUCACUUUGCAACUCUUCAUUGUCUUCUCCUUCCUUACCACCAUUAAUCCAAUUUCCAAUUACAAGUGGAAGUUUCAGUGAUUGGAUAUCGCCCAAGGAGGUUUGGCAUUCCAUGAACGAUAAAGAGCUCCUAUGGCGUGCCUCAAUGGUGCCACACAUUGAUGAAUACCCCUACAAUCGUACACCAAAGGUUGCCUUCCUGUUCCUGACCAGGGGAAGAUUGCCUUUGGCACAACUAUGGGAGAAGUUCUUCAAGGGACAUGAAGGCCUCUACUCAAUCUACGUCCAUACUUCACCAGAAUUCACUGAAGUACCGCCAGAAUCAUCGGUCUUCUACAAUCGCAGGAUACCGAGCAAGCCAGUUGAGUGGGGGAGAGCAACGAUGGUGGAUGCUGAGAGACGUUUGCUAGCCAAUGCUCUACUUGACUUCUCCAAUGAAAGAUUCGUACUACUCUCUGAAACAUGCAUUCCUAUCCUCAAUUUCACAACAAUCUACAAAUACCUCAUCAACUCUAAGCAAAGCUUCAUAGGGUCAUUUGAUGAUCCAAGACACAACGGCCGCGGCCGCUACAACAAGCUGCUGUGGCCAACCGUGAAUUUGUCCGAUUGGCGGAAAGGUUCUCAGUGGUUUGAACUUGACCGGAAGCUCGCCGGGAAGAUGGUCUCCGAUGUGAAAUACUAUCCUGUUUUCAGGGAGCAUUGCAAGCCUCCUUGUUACAUGGAUGAGCAUUACUUGCCAACUCUUGUGACCAAAAUUUGGCCUGAGCUGAACUCAAAUAGGAGCAUUACUUGGGUUGAUUGGUCUGCAGGUGGUCCACAUCCUGCAAGAUUUUUGAGAAAGGAUGUUUCUGAAAAUUUUUUGAAUCGGAUCAGAAAUGGGAUUAAUUGCACUUAUAAUGGUUCCAUUACUAAAGUUUGCUUCCUUUUUGCAAGAAAGUUCCACCCAAGCACUCUAGAGCCUUUGCUAAGGAUAGCUCCAGCAUUGCUUGGUUUUAACUCAUAGCACAUGUUACAAAUUAGUAAAACUGAAAUUUUAUUUUGUUAGUGAAAUCGUUUGCUGAUUGGUUAA